AUGGCGGCCGACUCGAUCCCGCCUCCCCUUAGCCAGGGCGUAGGCUACGGAGUCGUCCUCGGCUUCGGUUUUGCCUUUGCCGGUGUCAUGUACUACAUCACGCGUCUUCUCUGGCGCUUCAACGGCGAAGACAAUUCACACUUCGAGACCUAUGCAACUGCGGGCCGAAAAGUCGGCACCGGUCUUACCGCCACCGCCGUUUUCUCCUCCUGGGCAUGGUCGACUGCCCUCCUCUCCUCCUCGUUAGUGACUUUUACAUAUGGAAUUGGGGGCGCAUACUGGUUUGCCGCGGGCUGUCUGGUGCAGAUCUCUGCGUUCGCAUUGCUCGCAAUCCAGAGUAAGCUCAAGACACCGCAUGCUCACACAGUGCUCGAAGUCGUCAAGGUUCGAUAUGGAACUUUUGCGCAUUGGCUUUACAUGUUUUUCUGCCUGGCAAACAACAUCAUUGCUGUGGCGAACAUGCUUCUUGGUGCUUCAGCAACCGUUUCAGCACUCACUGGCAUGCACAUCAUCGCAUCGACUUUCCUUCUCCCCGUCGGUGUCUGUCUCUACACCAUCUCGGGUGGUCUCAAAGCAACAUUCUUGACCGACUGGAUGCACAGCGUCGCACUCCUCAUUAUCGUCAUUUUCCUCACACUCAAGACGAUUACCAACCCUGCCGUCGAAUCGCCCGGUCAUCUCUGGGAGCUCGUCAAGGCAGCCAAUGUCAACAACUCCAUCGCGGGAAAUUAUCGUGGCGCGGCACUCACCAUGACCUCCAAGGGCGCGGUUGAAUUUGGAAUUCUGCACACGCUGGGAAAUUUCGGCCUUGUCGAACUUUCCGCCGGCUUACCUCUAGGCUAUACCGCUCUCGCUGUAGCUGGAAAAGGUGGAGCAGUAGCCGUCGUCAUCCUGAUCUUCAUGGCUGUCACCUCCACCACCUCGGCUCAACUCAUCGCUGUCUCCUCCAUCAUCUCAUCUGACGUCUAUCACACUUACAUCCGACCCAAAGCUACAGACAAGCAGGUCAUCCGCGUCUCCCGAGCCGCCUGUAUCGGCUUUGCCAUCUUCGCAUCUGCUUUCUCGACCAUGCUGUACUACGUCGGUAUCAGCUUGACCUGGACAUUGUACUUCCUCGGACUCAUCACGUGUCCUGCGAUGGUGACGUUGCCGUUGACGGUGCUGUGGAAGAAGCAGACUUGGCUGGCGGCGGUGGUUUCGCCGGUGGUCGGAAUGGCUGCUGGUAUCGCGACCUGGUUGGCUACUGCGAGCAAAUACGGUAAUGGUGUGUUGAACGUCACCACGACAGGCGAGCUGUUGCCGUGUAUGUGGGGAACAAUUGUCGCUGCCUUUGUUCCGGCAAUCCUGUCUCCCAUCAUCACACUCGUCUACCCCCAACCAGUCGAUUUCGCCUGGGAAAGGUUCAAUGACAUCAAACUCAUCCAGGACGACACUUCCUCCACCACUUCAUCCACCGAUGAUCUCUCCACCAACUCUCCCACCAGCCCCAACGAGAAGCUCACCACCAUCCACGGUGAACCCGUCGGCAACCCUCACGCAACCCGCAGCGCACCUUACUCGGACGCCGAACUCCGCUACAUGCACAAACAAUCCGCCAUCGCCGGUUGGACCGGUCUCGGCCUCUUCAUCGCGGUGUGGGUUCUAUGGCCGUUCAUCAUGUAUGCUGCCAAGUACGAGUUCAGCAAGAAGUUCUUUAUUGGAUGGGUCGUGGUGGCUAUCAUUUGGGCUUUUGCCGCCUUGCUGAUCUUCACGUUCUUGCCGCUGUGGGAGGGCAAGGGUCUCAUCGCAAGGAUCGUUAGUGGCGUGUUGACGGGCAAAGGCGCGAAAUCUGGUCAGGAGAAGACGAAUGGCCACGGAAAGAAUGCGGAGACGCAGAGUAGGGUAGAACAGCCGGGCGCGAGCUUCUCUUCCAGCUCGUCAUCCGGUUAG